AUGCACCACACAACGCCUCUCCUGCUGCUGCUGUUUCUUCAAGCUUCAGCCGCGUCGUUUGGCGGUGCGAUCGUCGUGGACGAACUCGAUCUGCAGAACCGUUGGAACGCCUGGAAAAGCAGACACGGACGUGUCUACCGCGACGCCGGCGAGAACGCGCGCAGGUUGGCGGUCUUCAAGCACAACCUCCUCUACGUCAGGGGACACAAUCGACGCUACCACGCCGGUCUGGAGAGCUACAUAACGGACCUCAACCAGUUCGCCGACCUCACCAGUGAGGAAUUUAUCAGGAAGUACCUUAGUCUGCCUCGGGCACCGCCACCACGACGACGUGCCACCUUGUGGAGGGGGUCGCGACCUCGGCAAGACUUGCCUGAAGAAGUGGACUGGCGGACAAAGAACCUUGUUACUGAGAUCAAAAACCAGGGCAAUUGUGGAUCGUGUUGGGCCUUCUCGGCUACUGGUGCGCUGGAAGGUGCUCUGGCGAAGAAGACGGGGAAACUGGUGAGUCUGUCGGAACAGCAGCUGGUCGAUUGCAGCGGUGACACCGGCAACCUCGGGUGCAAUGGUGGCUACAUGAGCAACGCGUUCAAAUACCUCGAGGAUCACCUGAUUGAGCCGGAGAGUGCCUAUCCCUACAGGGCUAGAGAUGGCACCUGCAAGUACAAUAGUAGCCUUGGUCUCGCCAAGGUCACUGAUAUUGGAGGAAUUCCGAAGGAGAAUGAGACGGCUUUGAUGGAGGCGUCAGCGACUGUUGGGCCUAUUUCCAUCGGGAUAGACGCCAGUGCCCUGGGCUUCAUGUUUUAUAGACACGGCAUUUACAAGAGCCACUGGUGCUCAAAGGAGAACAUCAAUCACGGCGUCUUGCUGAUUGGCUACGGGAAACUCAAGGGCAGUCCCUAUUGGCUGGUUAAGAACAGCUGGGGCAAGUUGUGGGGCAUGAAGGGCUACAUUAUGAUGGCGAAAGACUACAACAACAUGUGCGGGAUCGCAUCAUUGGCCGAUUUCCCCUACGUCUAA